AUGACGAAUUUUCAAACCACAUCCCCUUCGGACAGCGAUCCUAUCGACUCUCUCAACAUGACUGUCCCCUCCUUUGACCUCCUCGACGGAACUAAAAUUCCGUGGAUUGCUUGGGGUAACGGUACAGGGCAGGCUCAAAAGCAGGCUCUUCGAUGUGGCGAACUCGCGUUAGCCAGCGGGAUUCAUCAUAUUGACACCGCUCAACUGUACAAGACAGAGCGAGAAACGAUAGAGGCGAUCAAGAAGUCGGACCUCAAUCGGGAUCAGGUGUAUAUCACUUCGAAAUUAUCCGCCGGUGACAACGACGAUCCCGUUCCUAUCAGCGAAGUGGUACAGUCGGUCAAGGAAUCGAUUGAACGUCUAGGCACCAUUCCCGAUCUCUUCCUUGUGCACAAUCCAUUCGUCGUCCCGCCCGGCCAGCUCAAGGCGCUCUGGAAGAUCCUUGAAGACCUCAAGGCGGCAGGGGAGCUCAAGAGCAUCGGUGUCAGCAACUUCAGGCCUCAGGACCUUGAGGAGAUCCUCGAUGGAGCGAGAUACAAACCCGUUGUCAACCAGCUCGAGUAUCAUCCGUACACCCUUGUCCAUCUCCAACCCGUCCUCGACAUCCAGGCGAAACACGGAAUCGUCACGGAAUCCUAUGGAUCUCUGACGCCUAUCCUUCGUUACCCCACCGGCGGCCCACUUAAGCCCGUCCUGGAACGCAUCGCAGCCAGGAUCUCGAAAGCCACAGGAAAGAACCUUGACACGACAGUUGUAUUACUGCUAUGGAUCCGUGUACAAGGCGUCGUCGCAGUCACCGCAAGCGGGAAUCCGGAUCGCAUCAAGAGCCUCGGGGAGAUCGCCACACUGCCGGACCUGCUGGAGCGAAAUGAAAUCGAGGAGCUAACCAAUGUGGGGAAGACGGUUCACUUUAGGUUUUAUACGGAGCACAUGGAGAAGGACUUUCCUUUGCCUAACCUGCCCAACGAGUGA